AUGUUUUCAUAUCAAGCCUCGGGUGAGUCGAAAGGGGGUUAUUUUCGUGAAGUUUCAUUACCGGCUUCUCUAGCUUCAAAGAAAAGGCAUGCAGAGGACAUACACAAACACAUUUCAAAGAAACAAAAUAAGAAGCGAAAGUUAAUCAUCAGUCAAGAAUCAUUGGAUGAUGAAGUUGUUAUUGAAACUCCAAUUCGAGAUGAUACAAUGGGUAUUCCAUCACCAAUGAGGAAUUAUCCAAUCAAGUCAAAUUUCGAGGAAAUUGGAAAUUCUGGUGGCUCUGUGAAAGAAUCUAAUGUGGACAAAACAACUGAUCAAGGUGAUUCUACGAAGAUAUCUACUCCUGAGCAGAGAAUAGUCAUACCACCUGAAGAUAUCUUCGAACUUUAG